UAAAACUUCAGUUAAUCGUCGUAACUUGCCUAGAAAUGAAGUGUACAAUUUUAUUCUUACUCGCAAUUGCUGUAAUUGCUGAGGAAAUAGAAAGAGACAGAAGAAUUACUGGUGGUUCUCCAGCAGCACGAAAUCAGUUCCCAUGGCAUGCAAGAAUUGAGCCAUUUAAUGGACUUUCAAGAAGAUUAUGUGGUGGAGCAUUAAUCAGAUUUAAUUGGGUAUUAACAGCUGGGCAGUGCAUUUAUGGUGCUAGAGAUAUAAUUGUGAGAUUAGGGAUUGUAAAUAUCAUAGAAGGCGGUGCCACUUCCUUUUUAAUCAGUAACGCUAACCACAUCAUCACUUACCCAAAUUAUAAUGGAGAUUAUGAGCACUCCAUUUUUGAAAAUGACAUUGGAUUGAUCUUUGUUCAAGGAGCAACAGAAAAUAUUUUAGGCAGCAGAAUCAACAUAAUUCGACUUCCAAAUGCAAACGCAAACUUCACAGAUCAUUUUGGAUUAGUAACUGGAUUUGGAUUCGUGGGAGAUAAUGAUAAUGCUAUACAAUCAAUGGAGCUUCGAUUUGCAAUCAUGCCAAUUACUACUCGUGAGUCAUGUGUACAGCAACAUGGAACUUCAGUUAUUACUGACAAUCACAUUUGUGCUAACUCAUUUGGUGGAUCAUCAACAUGUUUGGGAGAUGAAGGAGCUCCUUUGAUUACAUAUGUAAAUUUAAGUCCAGUCCUUGUUGCCAUUGGAAGUACACCAUUAAGGCUUUGUACACAAGAAUAUCCUGCAAUUUUCACAAGUGUUGUGCGUUAUCUUAAUUGGAUUAAUAGUGUGAUUUUGGUUGUGCCUUUUUAAUUUGUGCUUCUGAUACUUUAAUCUUAUUGGGUGUAUGACGUCAUUUGUGAAUGACCCCAAGUGUUAAUUCAUCAGUUUUGUCACAAUAAAAAUUCUUCAAAAAACGAGAAAUAUUUUUGAGAUUUUUUAUUAAAAUUU